AUGGAGUCAGCAGGAAUCCAAACCCAUAACGCUGGUGACGUCCAGGUUGAAGUUGAAAAGGAGGGUAUCGGGAAUGGUGGCAUCGUCCUCCUAGAGAACUGCACCGAUCCCAGGGAGAUCAUGGAGUGGGCAGGAAGGCUAGAAAGACUUAGGUAUACGCCUGAUCGCAGUCCUUCCCCGCCCUUACCCAGGGUAACUCUCGAUAUGGAGGAGGAUGUCACAGUAAAGAAUAGCGAAUACGGGGUGGCUAGUAAUGAACUACACAUUCCUAACGAUACCCCGAACGUUUCUCGAAUCACACGAUUCAAUACGCCUUCGGCUCUGUCCGAUUUUACCAGAGAAGGGUCUCUGGACACUGAUAUCAUGUCUUUGGGGUUCCCUGACGAAGACUCGUCGUUCCUCACCACAGAGAGUUCGCCGUGCCCACCUAGGGACGGGACGAUUCAACACCUAUCAAAGGAAUCGAAUACGCCGUUAACAAAGUCGAAGAGUGGGAACCACCCUCGAAAGCACGGCGAAGGUGGAUGGGUGUUCACAUACGGAAAGAAGCGAAAAUACAUCGCGAGCGAAGGAUACCUUGACCCUAAUCUAACAGACUACGAAGUAACCGUUAUCGCCAAAGGCAUGUUUAGAAAGAAAUGGACCGAAUCCGCUCAGGAGAAACUCCGCACCGAACUCGCUGCAGUGGGUCAGACGCCCACCAAAGCCCAGUUCGAUCGCCUAAGUCGCCAGAAAAUGACCGACGACAUGAGGAGAGAGCAGCAAAAGUUCUUGAAGACGGCGUUGGAUCAGGUUGAGGAAUUGAGGAGGAAGAUGGGGGUGAAGAAUCCGACGCAGAAGGCGAAGGAGGAGGAGAAUCAUGGUCCGCCGAAACCGAAGAGAGCGAGGAUGAGCGCGGAUAAGAGGCUUGCGCUGGGUUUGGAGUCUGCUGGGAAGUAUAUUGAGGAUAUGAUGAAGACGACAUGA